AUGCUGCUUCUCGCCCUUAACCUAGAUGCCGCUUUGGCCAUCUUGCUAGGUAGCUCGAUCAUAGCUCUAUCUUCGUUUAUGAUAGCAAGCAACGAGCUCAAAUCCCGCAUCUUGUCACCGCUAUACCUCCCGAUCGCAGUUCUAAGACGACAGGCCAGAGCAUGGCUUUUUCUCGUGAAUGGUCCCAAUCUCAUUCAAGCUGGAUAUGAUAGAGCAAAAGGAGCCCCUUAUGAGGUCCUCGCGCCUGACGUUCGCUGCAUAGUCGUUUCAUCAGCCAACCAUAUCAAAGAGAUCGAUGCCGCUCCGGACAAUGUGCUCUCGCUUCAAGCAGCUGCAAAGCAGAUGCUUCAACCGAAAUACACUAUGAAUAAUUUCAACUGGUUUGACAAAAGGGGAGUUGAGGGCACCCCGCUGGUCCGGACCCUUCGUACCCUCCUUACCAACAAUGUACCGAAACUCAUUCCAGAUAUUCGAAUGGCCAUAUCUGGAAUGUUUGAUGAGUUGCAUGAUUCUCUCCCAGUUAUGAACGGGGUCAAGGCUGCCCCAUUAUAUCCAAUGGUUAAAGAAGCUGUCGCUUACUCCAAUGCAUUGGCAUUCUUUGGCCAGGAGCUAGCCCAAAACAAGGAGUUUAUGAAGGCAGCAGUUGACUUCAUAGAGAACACACUUCUGAUAGCCGAGAUAAUUCGUUUACUGCCAAGCUCUAUCGCUCCCUUGGGAGCCAUAAAUAACAUCUGGCUUGUUAGAACUGUCGGAAAGCUGCUGGCCAAGCAAUUCCGAUCCCAUGACAUCCUCCACAGCACCUUAAUACCAGUUACUGAGGAGCGACUUCAGGAGAGAGCGCAGAAACUACUAGGGCACAACACUCCUACUCAUAAAGAUUGCAUUCAGUGGGUCAUGGAAUGUUCGCCGAAGCAAAAACCAUGGUCUGCGGAGAGAAUUGUGCACGAGCUGAUGGCACUUUGGUUUGGAUCCGUCCACGUUGUUACCACGACCGUCUGUUUUGCAGUCCAUGACCUCUGUUUGCAUUCGGAGUAUAUUGAGCUGCUUCGGAAGGAGUUGGAGGGGCCCCAAUGGGAAGCCUUUGAGAAAACAGGCAAUGGACUCCCGUUUCUUGACAGUUUCCUCAAGGAAUCAAUGCGUACAACUCCCGUGGAAUCAAUAAGCACGCGUCGACAGGCAUUGCAACCUUUUGAACUGUCCGACGGAACCAGGAUUGAAGUUGGCGAGUGGUUCUGUACGCCACAGAGAGCCAUGAUGAGAGAUCCAGCAAAUUUCGAGAAGCCACUCGAAUUUCACGGCCUCCGCUUCGUACAACCAGAGCUACUCGCUGACCUCAACGGGUCUCCCUUUGGAAAAUUAGAGACCAAUAAGCCCACUCAGCUCACAGAUGUGGCUGAUUGGCAGGCCUGGGGCACUGGGCGCAUGGCGUGGUAA